AUGGAAAAGAAGAAAGCUCUUCAAGGAAUGGUAAUCUUAACCCAUGAGUGUAGUGCUAUCAUUCAAAACAAGGUGGUAGAAAAGAAGCUUGAAGAUCCUGGUAGCUUCACUCUCCCUUGCACAUUGGGACCUCUAUCUUUUAGCCAUUGUUUGUGUGAUCUUGGGUCUAGUGUUAGCUUGAUGCCUCUUUCAGUUGCCAAAAGACUAGGUUUCACACACUACAAGAAGUGUAUGAUCACCCUUGUUCUUGCUGAUAGGUCAGUUAGAACACCAAUAGGAGUGCUUGAAGAUCUACCAAUGAUGAUUGGCCAUUUUGAGAUCCCAACCGACUUUGUUGUGCUUGAAAUGGAUGAAGAACCAAAGGAUCCACUCAUCUUGGGGAGACCAUUCUUAAGAACUGUAGGAACAAUGAUUGAUGUGAAGAGUGGGAAGAUUCAAUUGAAUUUAGGCAAGGAAGCCUUGACUUUUGACAUUAACAAAAUGAUGAGGAAGCCUACAAUUGAUGGUCAAAUUUUCUACAUUGAGAAGAUGGAAGCUUUAGCUGAUGAGCUUUUGGAGGAAUUAGCAAUAGAAGAUGAGCACCAAAGCACUUUGACAGAUAAACAAGGAGAGUUUGGUUUACUAAAGGAAGAUAGUGAAGGGUAUGAAAAGAUUCUUGACUCUCACAAGCCUUCUAGUGAUGAUAGAAGCUUCCUUGAGUUAAAAGAGCAAGUGGUGUGUUCAGUUGAAGUAGAUUCAAAUGAAGAUUGGAGUGAGCUUAAAGCACCCAAGAUUGAACUUAAACCACUCCCUAAGGGGCUAAGGUAUGCUUUUCUAGGUAAAAACUCUAUUUACCUUGUCAUUAUCAAUGAAGAACUUAGUGAACAAGAAACUGUUACUCUUCUAGGUGAAUUAAAAAAGUAUAGGAGAGCUAUUGGUGAUGUGGUGUGA